GUACAGCACUUGGGAACCCGAGGAGAACAUCCUGGAUGCCCGGCUGCUCGCAGCCUUUGAGGAAAGGGAGCGAGAAAUGGAGCUAUAUGGGCCCAAAAAGCGAGGCCCCAAGCCCAAAACCUUCUUGCUGAAGGCCCAGGCAAAAGCAAAAGCCAAAACCUAUGAAUUCCGCAGCGACUCUUCCAGGGGGAUCCGGGUGCCGUAUCCUGGCAGGUCCCCCCAGGAGGCUAGGGAAGGACUCAGAAACAUAGCCCUGGCCCCCCAGGGCAGCUCCAGCACCAGCACCCCCAAGGGAGACGGCAUCCGGGAGCGGGUGAUCCGCGUGGAGGAGAAACCUGGGGACACCCCAAAAAAGAGGGGCCCGAAGCCCAGGAAGGAGCUUUACAAGGACCUGGCGGAGACGCUGGAUUCCUCCAAGAGGAAACUGGGGGAGCCGGGGGACAAGGUGGGGGACUACCUGAAGGCCAGGAAGAUGGAGGAGGCGUCAGCCGGGGCGACCAAGUUUGGUUCGGGACACAGCGUCAUCCAGCUGGCCAGGCGGCAGGACCCCGACCUCCCCAGCACCCUGCCCGGCCCCAACCGAGCCGAGGGGGCUGCCAAGCUUGGAGCCACCGAGCCCUACCCGCCGCGGCUGGCCAAGCACCGGGCAGACUUUCUGGACCCCAAGGGGCAGGGGGGGCUGGACCCCGGUGGGCCCAAGCUCCUGCACGGUGCGGUCAGCCCGGGCACCGUGGGCAGCCUGUACCGCGACGGUGUGGGGGGCCAGGCAGGGCGACCCUCCCUCAUCGCCCGCAUCCCUGUCUCCAGGAUCCUGGGAGACCCCGAGGAGGAGUCCUGGAGCCCCUCUCUCAACAACCUGGAGAAGGUGGUGGUAACUGAUGUGACCUCUAACUUUUUGACCGUCACCAUCAAGGAGAGCAGCACAGACCAAGGAUUCUUUAAAGAGAAGCGAUGA